AUGGACCAGCAGGGGCAAAGUCUCAUCGACGACAUCAGGAAUGAGAAGAGGACCGAGGACGAGCCUCUUCGCAUCGCGAGCGUAGACAUACAUACUUCAUCGGCGCUGGAUGUGCUCUUGGCCAAAGUUGUGGGUCAGCGCAAGCUGGCCCCUAAAAGCAGUGUGGCGUGGUCACUCUGGUCUUCCACCAAGCCGGCUCACGGAGCUGACGCUGCGACGUCUUCCUCACCCUCGGCGCCCCAGCCUCCCCAACAGCCCGCCUUCUCCAAGAUGCGCGAGCAAGACAUCCCUCGAUUGAGCCCCCAGCUCUGCUUUUCCUCUUCCACCCUGCGUGAUUUCUUGCGGUUAUCUAGAUCUUCGCUCGAUGAUUCCAUAUCCCAACAGCUCAAUGCCCUCGUCCGACCGUCCCGCCGCGGCUUCGAUCCUCAUUCCACUGACCAGCUCGGGCCAAGGUCCUUGAACCAUACGAUUGAGCCAGGUUCAUGCGUGUCCUUCAAGGAACACAUCCUUUUCCCGACCUGGCAGGCCCGGAGCGAGGUUCUAAACUACUGCGCAAUCGUUGCCACUAGCCCGGACCCCAACGACCCGGAUACGGCGCUCCGCGAGGCAGAGUCGGAAAAGGAUAAGCAAAGGAUUGUCGAUGAGCGCCUAGAUCCGUACUCCGGUCGGUUCUUUCCUCGAGAGCCUCGCACCGAGCUACUGGCGGCCCUACUCCGACAGGAAAGGUCUGUGGAGAACAUCGCGCCAAUCCCUCCCGAAAGGCCGAGUCCCUCGCCAAACUCCCGGCAGCAUCCCCUCCCUCGGGACCGAUUCCUAAAAGCCCUUGCAGGCCUCGAGAUACCUCCCACAAACCGACCGCAAUGCCGCAGCCUCUAA